AUGAAGAAGUGUAUUGUGUGCGACACUGGUAAAUAUCAGGCUGUAGUAACCCCAAAAGUCAGUGAUGUGAACAAGGAGAGAAAAGAGCGAAUUCAAAGAGUCUGUUCUACGCACGAGAAUGAGUUCCGUAGGAACAAGUCCAUGGUUGACCUAUCUCCACACAUGUACAUUGAUCUAAAGCACAACUUGACCUAUUGUUUCCUUUUAAAAUCAGGAUACACCUUCUGGAGUAUGCUAUUUCAAAUCGUCAGGGGCGACUUCAAUAUAACGUCACCGUUCGAUCCUGUUCUAUACAGCCGGAGAGGGAAAGGUAUCCAAUCACUAAAUUCAUUACAAGACAAACAACGGAAAUUGUUCUUCAAUAACUCAUUUUCGUUCAUGUUCACUCGUGACCCUUACAGCCGGUUAUUAUCAGGAUAUACCGAUAAAUUAUUUAUGCCUAAUUAUCAUUGGAGAGAUGUUGCCCCUUCAAUAGCUAAAGUUACGCGACGACAUAGUGAAAGAUGCAUUCCAGAUAUGAGAUUCAGCGAAUUAAUCAAAUUCAUAAUUCAUUCAGAAGAGAAAGGACUCAAAAGAGACGGUCAUUACCAGUUUGCUUUUGACUUUUGUGAUCCUUGUCAGUACCAAUAUGACUUCAUUGGAAAGAUUGAAACGGUUAAACAAGACACUCAAUUUCUAUUGGAAAAAAUGAACCAGACAAAAGUCCUUCGUAGUUUCGAACAUAGUUUCAAAGAGCAGUAUACUAAUUUCACAAUCAAAGAACGCAUUGAUAUGUUAUUUAUGUCUAACAAUAGUGCUUUUACCUGCAAUGAUGAUUUUUUCAAUCUGCAACGUAAAAUGUGGAAAGGAUUUCAAAUGAACGGGAUCAUUAGCAAAAACUCGAAAUAUCCUAUAACUGAGGAGAAAAGCAAAUCAAUAACUCCAGAGAUGUUCCGGGAUGUCGUUUUCAAAUCAAUCGGUGAUGCAGCAAGCAGUGAAGUGUCGAGGAGGAAUAAAGCCGAGGCUCUCCUAGAAGCAUAUUCCACCGUGGACAUGGAGGACUUGGAUAAGUUGAGUCGGCUACUCCAGCCAGAUUGCGAAAUAUUUGGUUAUGAUUGUAGACCGAGUUAUCUUUUCCAAAACAGAAAACCUGUCAAACCUUGGUACUUUGAUAUCCUGACAGCAUGA